AUCUAAUUUUAGUCAGUGUGCUUUUCACAAUAUAUCAGAAGAAAAUAUUCGACAGAGGAAGGAAAUACAAAAAAUCUUAUAUAGGAAAAUAUACGGGAGAAACAUGUUGUAGUACCUGCAUUUACUUAGUUUGUUGAUUUUGAGAAUCUCCAAAUUGCAGACCUGUAGCCAAAUCUCUGAUUAGCUGGAAUCUUCUAUAUUCUAAUCAUGGAUCGUAUGCUUGAUCCAGAAACGACGGAUACAGAAGCCAUGUACAACCAACUUCUACUGGACGCAGCAUCCAGGGAGGGGUUUCCAAUGCCUUCUGAUGCAGAUAAACAAAGUGUUCUGCAGGUUAUACCAAAACCUGGAUUCUGUCUUAAGACCAAAGACGCUGAAGGAAAGAAAGCUUUCAUCAAUGUGUGUCAUGCUGACAAUGUUCCAGCUCCUAAGGAUAUGACGGAUGAUGAACUGUUGAAAUUACUGGAUUCUGAAGAUCCUUUUGGAUAUCGUAUUCCAAUGAGUCUUGGUGAACCUCAUGCUGAACUGGACAAAAGUGGAAGUGGCUGUACAGCCUAUGAUGUAGUUGUAAAUCCAGGCUUCCUAGAAAAGAUGCAGAAAAGUGAGAUAUUCAGGGCAUUUUUUCUGUCUGUUACAUUGGAGGGUAUUGAAGACAAGUACAACCAGACACUCAGCCGGGAUUGGGUUUUGCUUAAGAACAGGAAGUUUGUUGGUACUUUGCCGGAACAAAAGAUCAGAUCCAAAUCAAAACCACUUAUUAUGGAGAUGGAUAAUUCACCAUCAACGUUACCAAAAGCCCCAAAAUUGGAUGCAGAGGAUCUGAAAGCCAGGGGCCAGACACCAGAGUAUAGAAUAGUCCAGGACCCUGCUGAAGGCCACCCAGAAUAUUUGGUUGCAGAAAUCAACUUACCUAAAGUGAAAACCGUGAACAGUGUGACACUUGACAUUGGGGAGGACCGUAUCCUUCUGGAGACAAGAUCUAAUGUGUAUUACCUAGAUAUCUAUCUGCCGUUCUUCCUACUGCAGGACGAAUGUGGCGCUCAAUUUAAUAGGAAAACUAGGAUUUUAACAAUAACCAUGCCAGUCCAACCAUCAUAGCACUGGUAGAUCUAUGUUGAUGGAAGAGGAAGACAAUACAUCGUAAAUACCAAACAACGAAUGGUUUAACUUAACCAGUAACGUCAGACCUCUGCAAAUCACAGGGGAUGUAGAGAGGAUCAUGUGACUGCAUUGCACUUGCAAUAGGGAAGUGAUACAAAAACACCACAAAGGACAGUAACUUUACUUUAUUAAAAAAAUAAUGUGGUCAGUAACCAACACCCAUAGUACAUCACAAAACAUUCAGAGGAAGUAAUGAUCAUACUACUGGUUCCAUUAGUCUUGUGAUUAUAAUUAAAACAGAUGUCAAGAGAUGUAUCACAUCAGAUGGAUGGUACAAAGGAACCUUCUAAAACUAGACUAGCUGGUGGGCAUGUUUAUUGGAUGGAAGAUGUUAGGAUGUGAUGGCUGUAAUACAGAUGUUCACACAAAUUCUUUGAUCUGUGAUAUAAGAAUAUGGGUUAUGAUAAAACAUAACAACAAAAUAAUUCAGUUUCUGGGUGUAUGUUUCUAACAUUUUUCAUUGAAAGAUAAAAUGAUCUUUGUUUAUUUUGUUUGUAUAACAAGCAAUGAAGAUGAAGUAUUCCAUGAGCAUUGUUAAUUAAAAGAUCAUACCUAAUGAUAUAUAUUGUGUGAUGUUGUAUCUCCUCAAAAUGUAUUACCAUAAUGAUUUAGUAUAGUACAUAUUUCGCCCAAGGCUUCUACAAUAAUUACAAAAACAGUUUAUGUCGUGAACGUUCAAAUCAUUUAGUUUGUCUGAAUCAGGUGUUAUUACAUUAAAACUACAACUUUGUCAGAA